AGCGGCAGCUGCGACCCACUUGUCUCCACAAAAACUUCUUGCGAAGACUUCGAAGAGUUUGGGGUGCGACUUCACGAACAUGAUAGCCGUAGCGUUGGUUCGGUAGCGCACGCUGAUAUAUUGUGUGCGGUACUUUUGAAUAAAGCUUGCGAUAUCCACUUCCAAACUAUACGAUAUCAUGGACAUCCACAGGUCGCGUUUCGUGCCUUUCCCGCCUUCUGCAAUCAACGCCCUAGCAUUUUCACAUACAGAACCCGAGCAUGGCCAACAGGAACCCGAAUCACUGAGACUCGCCAUUGGACGCGCCAACGGCAACAUUGAAAUCUGGAACCCGGCGAAUGGGGCAUGGCUACAAGAGAAAGUCUUUUACGGCGGUAAAGACCGAAGCGUGGAGGGUCUGGUAUGGACGCAGAACCCCGACCAAAGGGACUCGAGCGGCAAGAUUGUACCCGGACGCUUGCGACUGUUUAGCAUCGGCUACUCGAGCAGCGUCACCGAAUGGGAUCUUGCAACAGGUCUCCCCGCGCGCCACUCGAACGGAAACCACAGCGAAGUGUGGUGUGUUAGUGCACAGCCGAGGGCGAAAGGCAACACGAUCGGAGCCGCAAACGAUGCAAGCGCAUAUCAGAAACUUGUAGCAGGCUGCGCAGACGGUACCCUCGUCCUCCUCUCCACCGAAGACGAUGAUCUCCGCUUCGAACGAUUCGUUUCCCGGGCGUCGACGAAGAAAGCUCGUGCUUUGAGUGUUGCGUACAAAGACCGUGACACUGUUCUCGCAGGCUUCGCAGACAGCAUGAUCCGAGUCUUCGAUACAAGAAAUGGCAAUGUUAUCCGAAACAUUUCGCUAGGAAGCGGACCUCAUGGCGGCCCGAAGGAGAUUCUGGUCUGGAAGGUGAAGUGCCUUCCAAAUGGUGAUUUUGUGUCUGGCGAUUCUACUGGCGAGAUCAGAGUCUACAGCGGCAAGAACUACAGUCAGACGCAGCGAAUUGCGGGCCACGAAGCAGAUGUGCUGGACUUAGCUAUCUCUCGCGAUGGUACUGGUAUCUUCAGUGCUGGCAUGGACCGCCGCACGUGCUUCUACACCUGCAAGAAGUCGCAAGGGAACAAGGGACAGAAUGGCAAAUGGCGCAAGGUUUCUCAUCAGAGGUACCAUGAGCACGACGUCAAGGCGAUGGCAACAUACGAGGGCAACAAGAUCAGUGUCGUCGUCUCGGGAGGCAUUGAUACCCAACCUAUUGUCGUCCCUCUCCGCCAGUUUGGUCAAGAGCUCAGCCGUGGUCUGCCUGCUCUCCCAUCUACUCCUCCUCUGGUGAGCGCACCAGAGGCACGAAUUUUGGUCAGCUGGUGGAACACUGAAGUCCGUAUCUGGCGCGUCAAGCCCAACAAUGACGGCACAGAGAAGCCCAAGGUGGUCGCACGUUUGGCUCUACAGGGAGAUGAGAACAUUACAUCUGUCUCGAUUACCCAGGAUGGCGAGCUUCUCUCCGUCGCGACCGCAGAUGCUGUCAAGUUGUUUCAGCUCAUUCGCCCGCAGUCAGGAGCGGAACCCAGUCUUCGAAUUCGAAAGAUUGAGAUGCCAGAUAUCGAGGGAGCAAGGAAUGUUCGCUUGACAGGAGACGGCAAGUGGCUUGCUGCAGUGACAGCCACGAAUGAAGUCAGGCUUGUCAGGAUCGUCAGAACAGCGGACCCGGAUGACGAGCCUCGUCCUCUAGCUAAGAUUGCGCGCCUGCAGCGUAUUUCUCGUGAAGACACCCGAACAACGCCUCUUACCGGAGAGCACGGAUCGUACGAACGCUCUAUCAACCACGCAGAGUUUUCUUCUGAUGGCUCUGUGUUUGCUGUCACCGACCUUGCAGGGUACAUCGAUACGUGGGUUAUUGAAGGACACGAGGACGUCACCGCUCCCGAAGUGGAUAUUGACGAUUCCGCUUCGGAUGCUGUCGACGACGAAGAGUCUGAUGAUGACGAAGAGGGAUCCAAGGAACAGGUCAUAUUCCUUGGCCAGAGAUGGAUACGUAAUCCCUCUGGACACUUGUUGCCCCGUCUCGACUCCACACCGACACUACUAUCGUUCCAACCUAGCACGGACGACUCUCGGCCACAACCGAAUGGCAACCCUGCUGUUCAUCCUACACGAUCCAACCCCCACCCCCACUCACGGGAGGUGCCGACCACGGAGCAGAGGCUGCUCGUCACAUCUGCAAAGCAGCAGCUGUACGUCUUUGAAGUGAUCGCAGGCCGCUUAUCGGAAUGGUCCAGGAGGAACCCGCCAUCCAGCUAUCCUUCCGAGUACCGCAUGCUUGAUCUGCCAGCUAAGGGCUGCGUAUGGGACGUUUCUUCCUCCCAGCAACGGCUGUGGCUGUAUGGUGAGAAGUGGCUCUUCAUGUUCGAUCUGAGCAAAGACUUCCACAUGUCUGAUGAAGGAUCGAAGAAGCGAAAGCGCGACACGGCGACAGAUACUCCGAGGAAGAGCACCAGUGGAGCUGGCGAUAUUGUCCCCUCAAAAGAGAGCACGAUUACAAAGAUGCGCAAGUAUAGCGGCGCACCAGGCAAGGAUGCAGGAAAGGCGAACUGGGUGGACGUGCACGCCCCCCGGUCUAACGCGCUUGAAGAUGACGACGAGGGCGAGUCUCACCCCCUCGCGGCCCUCCGACGUACGGCCACGCAGGACGAGAUGACCAAUGGGGACGUGCCUACCGGAGGUGAGGUAGCAGAGGUGGAGCAAAAAGCGAGCUGGUGGCAUACGUUCAAGUAUCGUCCCAUUCUGGGCAUGGCGGCGGUUAGCAGCGAGCAGGGGCAGCCGCUCGAGGUGGUUCUUGUUGAGCGGCCAUCGUGGGAUCUCGAUCUACCACCUAGGUUUGUUGGGCCACAUGAAAAGUAGCUUCCUUUUGCCCUUUGCGGAGAUGUUGCAUUGUUCGGCGUUGAUACCUCUAAUCGAAUUUGAUUCGACAUUCACAC